AUGAAGCAAACGAACACAAUCUUUCAAUAUGCUUGGGAGUAUAUUGGAAAUUCCGGAAGAUUAAUUUGUACUCCGUUAACUGAUAGGGUCUUUAUUACAUUGACUUCAGCUUUGCACAUUCAUAAAGGUGGUUCAGUGAGAGGAAUUUCAGGGACAGGUAAAACUGAGACAAUUAGAGACUUAGGGAAAGUGCUAGGAGUGUAUAUAGUCGUUAUAAACUGUUCCAAAAACUUAGAUUAUAAAUCUCUUGGUCGAUUGUUUUCAGGAAUAUCACAAUCAGGUGCAUGGGGAUGUUUUGAUGAGUUUAACAGAAUUGAUAUUGAAGUUUUAUCAGUUGUUGCUCAACAGAUUUUAUCUAUUAUUACUGCCUUAUCUAUAGGAUCUCAAAAAUUUGUAUUUGAAGGAAAUGAAAUUAAAUUGAAUAUAUCUUGUGGAAUAUUUACCACUUUUAACUUAAGGAAUGAAGGUUGUUUGGAACUGCCCGAUAACUUGAAAUCUAUGCUGAGGCCAAUAUCCAUGUCAUCUCCUGAUACAGGCAUAAUCGCAGAAGCAAGACUUUUUGUUGAAGGAUUUUCUAAUACUAAGAUUCUCGGGAAAAAAAUUGUUACCUUGUAUGCUCUAUCUCAGCAGCAAUUGUCUAAGUUAAAACAUUAUGAAUUCGGUUUAAGGGCUCUUAAUUCGUUUAUAAAAUAUGCUGGAGAUAAAAGAAGAAAUAACGCAAUAAUGCCAGAAGAAGAGAUUAUUGUACUCUCUCUGAUAGAAAUGAAUUUAGCUAAAUUAGCAGUUGCUGACAUUUCCUUGUUUAAAGGAUUGGUAUCAGAUUUAUUUCCUGGGGUAGAAACACCCACAACAGAAAACAAUAAAUUUACUUAUAUCGUAGAAAAUCAGAUGCAAUUGCUGAACCUUCAAAUAACCAGACAUUUAGCUAAAAAGGUGAUGCAAAUACAUGAAACAAAAAUCUCAUGUCAUUGUCUUAUGCUAGUUGGUAACACGCUAUCUGGAAAAUCAACUUGCACCAAAGUAUUACAGGCAACAUAUAACAGUCUGGCCAAAGAUAUUGAAUCUGGAUUUCAACUAGCAAAAGACUAUCCAAUAAAUCCUAAAGCUUAUACUAUAUCAGAACUAUACGGAGAAUUCAAUUUAAUUACCGGCAAAUGGACUGAUGGCAUAAUACCAAAUAUUCUUCGAGUGGUUUGCGCAGAUGAGAAAUUAGAUGAAAAGUGGAUUAUAUUUGAUUCUUGCAUUGAUCCGCUAUGGACUGAAAGCAUGAAUUCUUUGAUGGAUGACAAUAGAUUGUUGACAUUAAUCAAUGGAGAACGUAUAUCAUUAUCUGAACAAGUAUCAUUAAUUUUUGAAGUUGAAGAGUUGUCUAACACUUCUCCUUCAACAAUUUCUCGCUGCAGCGUCGUGUAUUUCGAAUAUGAUGAAAUUAAAUGGCAACCAUACGUAAAAUCUUGGCUUAGUAGUAAAUCUGAUAAAACUGUAACAGAAGAAUUAAAAUCCUUAUUCGAUAAGUACAUCCAGAAAGUUUUACAUUUUAAAGAAAUGAAUUUUUGUAAAGAACCUGUAGAAAUUAGUGAAUUGAAUGGAAUAAUCUCUUUAUGUAACUUGUUUGAUUCUUUGUCAAUACAAGUUAAUUUAUCUGACCAAGAAAAUUUAUCGCGCUUGGUAGAGUUGAUGUUUUUGUUUAGUCUCAUAUGGUCUCUUUGUGCAGCUGUAGAUGAAGAUGGAAGAAAAAAACUGGACUCAUUUUUGAGAGAGAUGGAUGGAACAUUUCCAAACAAAGAUACUGUUUUUGAGUAUUGCUUAGAUGUUAAAAACAGAUCAUGGAUACAUUGGGAAGAUAAAUUGAAAACAGGAUGGAAACUCAAUUUAAAGCUUCCUUUCCACCAUAUAAUAGUUCCAACAGUUGAUACCAUUAGAUAUGCAUAUUUAAUUGAAUCUCUAAUAUCGAUAAAUCAUCCUGUGUUAUUAGUUGGUCCAGCUGGUACUGGAAAGUCUUCAAUUAUUAAAGAUGUGAUUAAUAGAUUGGAUUUCAACAUAUACAGUCAUUUAAUCGUGAAUUUAUCUGCUAACACCUUGUCUAAAAGUGUACAAAAUAUUAUCAAAAGUAGAAUGGAAAAACGUACAAAAGGAGUAUUCGCCCCCUGCUUAAACAAAAAGCUCAUAGCUUUUAUUGAUGAUUUCAAUAUGCCACUGCAUGACGAAUACGGCUCUCAACCCCCAUUAGAACUCAUCAAAUUUUGGAUGAGUUAUGGUUUUUGGUUUGACCUAAAAACACAAGCUGAAGAAAACAUAAAAGAUUUGCUGUUGUUAUCUGCAAUGGGGCUACCAGGGGGAGGCAGGCCAUCAAUAUCCAGCAGACUUCAAAGCAAAUUCAACUUGAUCUUUUUUACAACACCACAGGUUUGUUAA